AUGGGAAACAAGUGCUUGAAACCUCAUCAUAAUGAAAUGGAGUGUAGAAACACUUUUGUUGAUGAGUUUUAUUCAUUUAAAUAGUUGAAUGACCAGAACACCCAUUCAAUUCUUAAUUAAGCUAGCAUUAAAGACUAUCAACUACUAAAAGUGUUAGGGAGAGGAGGAUUCGGUAAAGUGAUGCUAGUUCAACACAAAUAGAAUAACUAAUUAUAUGCAAUGAAGAUUAUCAACAAAAGAAAUCUGACAUCUGAAUGGAUGAGAAGAAGUGCUAAGAUCGAAAGGUAAUUGUUGGAAAUUCUGGACAGCCCAUUCAUCGUUAAAUUAAAAGAGGCUUUUCAAACUCAAUAGAAACUUUAUUUGGUCGUGGAAUAUAUGAGUGGAGGAGAACUAUUUUAAUAUUUGAAACAUUAUGGAAAAUUUUCAGAGGACAUAGCCAAGUUUUAUGCUGCCCAAAUAUUGCUAUCUUUAGAAUAUCUACAUUCAAAUUGUAUCGUAUACAGAGACCUCAAGCCUCAAAAUAUCUUAUUGGAAAAAGGUUACAUCAAAUUAACAGACUUUGGACUAUCCACUAGGAAUGAUGGACUCUAAUUCUCGCAAUGUGGAACCAUUGAUUAUCUAGCACCAGAAGUCUUAGGACACCAAGGCUAUACUAACAAAUGCGAUGUUUGGAGUUUCGGUGUUGUACUUUAUCAGAUGCUAAUUGGAUGUGAUACAGAACAGAUCGAAUUCCAAAAUGCUUUAAUCUCUAAUCAAGCCAAGGAUCUACUAUCGCAUUUACUUGAUGCAAAUGUUAACACUAGAUACACUCUCUAACAGGCUAAAUAGCAUGCUUUCUUUGAUGACAUUGAUUUUGAUGCAUUGGAAAAGAAGAAGAUCGAACCUCCAUCUAUGUUUUUGGAGCAUAGUAGAUUUAAGUUCUUUUCAAAGAGUUGUUUAGAAUAAUCAGCUGUUGACACUGAAGAAUCCGAAUGCGCUAGUUAAGUGAGUCAAUUCACAUAUAAUCAAUAUAAGUCUAAAAUUUCAAGGGCUGACACACUCUGCAGUUCCUAUGGUGUGCCUAAGUCUUUUUGAGAUAGAGAAUAUGGCAUAAAUCAUGAUGUAACAAAUUUAAAUAAGUAAUAA